AUGGAGGACAACAUUGUGAGUCUAACGGCCGCUUCUUUUCCCCGGGCCGGACCCGGGUUCAGGUUCGGGUUCGGGUUCUAAACAGCAGCAGCGGCUCCGGAGUGAUGAGGCAGCAGAUUUAGCUUCACGGCUAACGUUAGCUCGGUAUGAAGAUGACCGGGGCCUGUUCGGCUAACCGGCUAAUCUUCGAUAAUCGGAGUAAAAACAGACGUUUGUGUCUCUGUAACCGGAUUAAACACCGAAAAACAGAAUUUAGAGAUUUGAGCGGCUCGAUAGAGAAACCUAAUCUGGAAUAUUCUGGAUGAAUGUGGAGGAGCUGUAGUGUUUAUGUUGAUUCAUUAAAAGUGACAUUAGUGGACAGAUUAAAGCUUCACUCCGACAGAUUAAAUCGAGGUUUUCCGUCCUGAAUUUAACAGAUUAUCUCAGUUUUUUAAUGUUAAGGAAACGACAACAAGACUUUUCUGCACCGUCAUCCCUGACAGAUAAUCCUGACCCUGACUGAUCUGAGAGCAGAGGGAGGGGAGAGGAAAGGGGGAACAGCCAACCCCCCAUGACCCACAGGUGUUAGGUAGUCCCACCUCACCUGCUUCACAUGCUGUCUGUCCUUAUUUAGGGGGUUAGAGUUUGACUGUAGGCUCCUCAGGGGGGUGACGCAGCUCAAGGAAGAACAUGUAGGAUACAUUAUGUUUCGGUGUGUUUGACUCUAACGGUAUUUUACGCCGGAUUAUCCCUUUAACACUGAGGAUGGAGCAUCUAUGAUUUACAGUUCUUUGUUGAAAGGGUAACUGGACUUACUUGAGAUGUUUUGCCUAAACGUCCCAAGUAAGUCCAGUUACCCUUUCCAAAAGAGAGUUAGAUUUUGAUUUAUUCGACCUCAGGAGAGUGAUUUUAAACCCAUGCGGUGACUCCAACUACAGAGUCCUGAAGCUCCGAAACCAUUUCUUUAUCAUUUCCUUUAAGUAAUAAUCCCCGCGGUAGUUCUUCUGCCUUAGCGUCUCGUUCUGAUUGUAUUUCCAUGUAGAAAUGAUCAUAAAUGUUGUUCCUUGAGCUGCGAAACCCCGCUGUAGUCCAUAAUGGACUGGCCUGACAAGCGUCUGCUGGAAGAGAGUAGGUGAGUUGUGUUUAGUCUCUUUGCUAAAGAAAUGAGUCAAAGUUAAAAAGAUGUUUGGUGUCUAGUACUAUGUCUGUGACCCUAUAUGUCCUGUUGAUGAAGUUAGGUGCUGUUCUGAGCAUUAUUUGUGGCUAUAGAGUGGCGUUUUGGUUGAGUGCGUGUCUCUCUGUAUUGCUAUCCUGCGGUCUUUACUAAAGUUGGUAAAACUAGAGAAGCAAGCGGUCGGCAACAUUCAUCUCUAGAGGGGGGGUCUAACUCGGUGUUACGGUUCUUCUGUCUCUUUAUGGUACCUUAGAGAUCCUCUACGUGGUUCAGGUCAAUCAAGAACUGUAAUACCAGGGCUUCACACUAACUUUUUUCACAUGUUCUCCUACGUUAAAAAAGUAAGGAGCACAUAGAGAACUUAAAAUAAAAAUUUAUCAAAUAAUGUUUGUCUUAUUGUCCGACCGUAGUACUAUUAAUUUAAAUCAGUUUCAGGUCUUUUGGUCACAUGACAUGGAAGCUAUUAAAGGAAAACAGAAUUUUCUGAGAACAUCAACUGGUAAUUUAUUGACGGUCCCUUAUUCAACACCGACGUUGACAGUGAGGGUGUCGAGUAGAUUUAACCGCGCUGCUGUUGUUAUUCCCGGUUAUUUUUAGUCACAAAUGUCAGUGAAACGGUCGCACUGUCGAUCCCUGAGUGCUUUAGCCUGUAAACCAGUGGUUGUGAUAGUUUUGUGGGCAGGUGUCAGGUCCAGCUGGAAAAGGAAACCCACAAAGCUCCUCCACAGAUGAAGCAAGGAGGUCUCUAAAACCUCUUGGUAGACUUACAGCAUGACACCCCAAACCAUCACAGACUGGAAACUCCAACGACGUUAGAUUCUGGGCCUCUCUGAUCCUCCUCUUGGACCCUUGCGCAACAGUCCAGUUCUUUUUCUCCUGGUCCAGGUUCGACUCUGAUGAUCUUGUCUCUGAUUCAGGAGGGUCUUGACUGGCUUUGGUGCUCUGACUCCAGACUCAGUCCAGCCCUUGUGAAGCUCCCUGAAGUCCUCUCCAGUCUGCUCUCAUCCCUGUUUCUUGGUCUUCUCUUCCUCCCUCACCUGAAUGUGGUUUUGUGGACUGGAAUAAAGACUCAGUGAACAUCUGGAGGAGUUCAGGGAUCAUCACCUGAUCUGAGCUCUUUGAGUAACUGUCCACAAACUUCUGACGUUUGAAAAAGUGGAUUUCAGAUUUUUGAUCAGCUGUGAUCAUCAAGAUUCAAACCGAAAAGUCUUGAAAUAUUUCACUCUGAGUCCGUGAAUCAGGAAUAUAUCUGGAAAAUUCACUUUUUGAAUGAAGUGAGGCGACAUUCUCCUUGAACUGACACCGUACCUCAGCUGUUUAAAGUAAAAAUGAAAGUCAGCAGACUCGCUGGUACAGUGAAUUUACUCAAAUAUAACUCAACUUUAUUUAUAGAGCACUUAAAAUACAACCAAAGCUGAUACAAAGUGCGGUUCAUAAAAACAUGAAACAACAAUAAAUAGUUGUUUAAAAAUAUAAAACAAAUGCCGUCUCAUAAAAAAAGUGGGUUUUUAGACGGUUUUAAAAAUGGACGGUGAGGGGAGCUUGUCUAAUAUGGAGAGGUAAAUCGUUCCACAACCUCAGAGCAGAGUAGGAGCAAAUACAACUGUGACGAGAAACAAACAAACAAACAAACCUAAUACCAGAGAGGUAAAAUCCUUUUUAACAUCUCUUCAUGAACAUUUGGGAGCUGAGGAGAGAAAGUUUGUUCUACUCUUGACUGAUGAAGAGUUUCUGCUGCUUCAGGGUCUCUGUAUUUCAACUCAACCCUGUCCUAAAAAACAGGACCUGGUUUUGGAAGUGUGGUCUGAUCAAAGCAAUAAUCAGUGUCCAGUCUGUUCUCUAGUUUGGGUCAAUCACCUCGGACAUUUCUGCACCCUCACAUUAUCAGUAGUGCCUGUUAAAAUCCAGGUGAAAGCAGCAUCCAUGGUUUCCAAAGACAAUGUCGAGUUUAUUUUGAAAACACUGAACAGGUUUCUUGUCUUUGCCUCUUCUAGAUCAUCAGGGUUCAGUCGCCCGAUGGGAUGAAGAAAAUUCCUUCAACCAAGAGGGAGACGGCGUCUGCGUUUCUGAAGAAGGUAAACACUUUUUUCAUGUCAUCCUGAUUCACACGUUUGUUUCAUACUUCAUAAGUUAUUUACAAACUCAGUCCUGAUGGUUUUCUAGAUGCUCCAGUGAUCAGUGUGCGGUCACGUGCCUCUCUUGUGUUUCCCGCUGGUGUCGGCUCAUUGUUCAUUUAUUAAAAAGCUCGGAGGAAAGUUCCAGAACUGUUCAGUCCUGUUGUUGGAGACUUGUGGCUCUGCAGGGGAAAUUCAUGUUCAGGGCGUAAAGAGGGAGUCUGCUUUUAUUAAUAUCAGUCUAGAUUUAUGAACUGAAACCCAGGUCCAGGUUUACAAUAAAGACAUGAUCACAAUGACCUGAUGUGUAUUUAGUCCUGAUUUUGAGUAUUUUAGUGGUUCUCUCAGAGUUUGGUCACAGCAGCAGCAGCAGAUGAAAAUACUCCUUAAAAAUCUUCAAACAGAGAUGUUUUCCAGCAGAGCGGUCAUUGCAGCAGCUCCUCCUCAUUAAAAAUGGAUGUCUCUCCUGCUGGAGGCAGGAUGAUGUAGCCUGCAGAUCAAUGAGGAGCAGUUUCCAGUGUCUGCCAUGGUUGGGAGAAAAAACCCUCCGGAGUGAAGCAGACAGGGCAGGGACAGUCUGAGUCCAGCCUGCUGCAGUUUCUCUGUCUGCUGCAGAGACAGAGGAGACGGAGCUCAAAGUGAAUUUCUGCCUCUUCAGACUGACAGGAAACUGUUUUACCAGAGCGCUCUAAUUCUAUCUUUGACUCUCCUCUGUUGAGAAGCUGUCAGAAAACGUUGUUUCAUCCUCCACACCCUCAGAGUCCCUCUGUCUGCCCUCAGUUUAAACCGAAUCUGUGUUUAUUCUGUCGUUUGGAUGCAGUCCUCUGGUCUUGUUUGGAUGUUUGCAGUAAAACACGGUCGUUGAACUAAGUGGACCUCAGGUGAUGAAACACAGACGGCGGCGGCGGCUCGGCUCGGUCUGAUGGUCUCCGUGUUUAUUGACCUGAAGUGAAGAAAAGUGAUGUGCUGAACUCUGCUGUCCAGACAGAUCUUAAAAGCCCCGUUUGGCUCUCUCUCUGACGCUCUUAGGAGGAGUUCCUACAGGCCCAGUUACUCUGGUGCCAAGAGGAUCUGUGCUAAUCCACUUUGUCGGGUUGAUUAGCAUCGAUUAAACACUUGGAAAUCUUCACACAUGAUUCUUUUUCAUCGGCACACGUCCAUCUGAAGUUGGUCUGAUUUUAUUGCCCUAAACUUAAAGUGCCGUUGCUUCUUUCAAACCUUGUGACUCUCUGUUUUCAUUUUCUUCUUCUCUUGUAGGUGGCCAAAGAGUUCGGGUUCAACUCCAAUGGGUUUUCUAUUUAUCUGAACCGCAACAAGACCGGAGAGAUCCUCUCUCAGAACAAAACUUUGAGUCUGCUCAAGAUCAAGUAAGUCGAACCAACAACCUCGAGCGUUAAAGAGUCUCCAUCCUGAAACUCGACCCUCGAUUAGGAGACAUCCAGAGUUUAUUUAUAAUUCACAUUUCUGCAACGAGGCGACUCAAACUGCUUUACUCUACAAGAUACUAAAAACAUGUUGAAACUUUUGACUCUGAUGCAUCAGAUUAAAAAGUUCAUGUUUAAAAAAUACGUCUAAUUUGUGCCGAAAGUUCGUUUAAGGUCGGGGCGCCUUUUAAAGACUUGACACCAGCUCUAGAACUUCUUUGUGGUUAUUCUGGUCUCCAGUUUCAUUCAGGAAAUACUCCGUCAGUUUCUUCUCUGACACCACCCGAGAAUAAACUCACUUACUGUGUAAAAAUUACUUACAACUAGGGCUGCACGAUUAAUUGAUUUUAAAUCAUAAUCGGAUUAUUUGAUUUUGACGAUGUUAAAAAAAUUAAAAUCAACAAAUCGAUUUUCCUUUCUAUCAUUUCUCGCGCCUCCAGCCCACCGUAGGCUCCUCCCCCUUCCUGUGGGAGUGCCCCCAGUUCCCACACACCCAAGUGUAAACAAACAUGGCGUUAGUAAAAGAGUCAGUCGUGUUGAAUUAGUUUCAAGACGAAGAGUAAACCGCUCCCCGCUGCAAAGUCUGUCUGAAGGCGGUAUCAACCCGUCACCAUGGAAACGGAAGAGUUUUUUUGUUGUAUCAGCGUUUCAGGUGACUGUAAACGGUACUUUUUCUAAACGGGUCAGAGAGUGAAUAAAUCUGUAAACGACGACCAUUUCAUCUCCGUGUGGAUGUCUAUCUGCAUCUCUGGAAACGAUCAUGUGACACACAGAGUAACUCUUUUAUGGCACCAAAACAACCUUUAUACACAUGCUCUGUACUCUUCUUCAGCAUUACAGCGCCACUUACGGGUUUGGCAUGUGCACUACAUCGUUUUCAGUGGUUUUAAUUUGAGAGAUGAUAGAAAAACUUAUUUUUAAAGUGAAGUUUGGUGAAGUUGUCACCGAAUAAAACAUCAAAAAUCGAGUUUUCAGUGAAAAAAAUCUGGAUUUUAUUUUUGGCCAAAAUCGUGCAGCUCUACUUCCACCAUGAGAGGAUCUCCACAGAGGAUUCUUAGCAGGAUUAGUUUCCUGGAAAACUCCACAGCACCUUUUAUAUUUUUGUCACAACCUCAGAUGGAGUUGUUAGUCGGAGUUAAUCCCUAAAAAAUCUCUGAUAAUUAAAAAACUGAAAGCAGAGGUCUUAAACAUGAAGCCAGCAGACAGACGUCCUCACAGCUGAUUUACCGUAGAGUCAGAAAAUAAACACGUUUGUUUUUGUCUCUCCUCCUCUGCAGGCACGGCGACAUGCUCUUCUUGUUCCCCUCAGGCGCCUCCUCUUCCUCCUCCGGGGAGGUGAUGGACACGGCCACCCCACACUCAUCUUCAUCACUACCAUCCAUCUCAUCAUCUUCAUCCUCCUCCUCUUCAUCAUCAUCCUCCAUGAUCCCCCGGUCCUUCUCGGCACCCCAGGUCCAGGAGGACGAGAUCGAUCAGUAUCUGGCCAAGCAAGACGGCAAGAUCUACAGGAACCGAGAUCCACAACUGUGAGAAGAUGAUCCACUACGAUCAUGAGAAUCAAACAUCACGAGUGUCUGAGCGCUGAUGAGUGUUUUCUCGUUUCAGAUGUCGCCAUGGUGCCCUUGGAAAGUGUGUGCACUGUGUACCAUUAGAGGUGAGCUCCAGCUUCGGUUCCUCGUCACUCGUGUUUGUUGGAUUCUUCUUUAACCCACUUUAACUCUCGUUCUUCAGCCUUUCGACGAAGACUACCUGAAUCACCUCGACCCGCCAGUCAAGCACAUGUCAUUCCACGCAUACCUUCGCAAGCUGACCGGUGGAGCCGACAAGUGAGAGGCUUUGAUUUCCCGCUCUGAAUCGAUGUUUCUGAUUGGUUCUUGUCAGACCGUAACGCCGUUUUCAUCUCCCGCAGAGGGAAGUUCGCAGCUCUGGAGAACAUCAGCUGUAAAAUCAAGUCGGGCUGUGAGGGUCAUCCUCCUUGGCCGGAGGGGAUCUGCACCAAAUGCCAGCCGAGCGCCAUCACACUGAACAGACAGGUGGGUGACUCCAGGUGUGUCGGUGUGACGCUUUAGUGGAGCUGAUGGGAGCAGGUUUGACACUUAUUCACUUAAUAUAGUUCACAGUUUCUCAGGAACUAUACCGUGGAUCUCUACGGGAUCAAAAGUGUUCAAUAGUUUACCCUUUCGGUGAUCUAUCGAGGGUUUCCAGACAUUUCUACACCUGCCACAAGGUUUACAAUCCAGCCACAAAAACAGGUGUUUGAUCAGAGACAUUUGAUGGUAAAUCUGCAGUGAUGUCGACCAAUUACAUGGUCUCAUAUUCUUCUUCUAUUGUUCCCUUGACGGUAGUGUCCAAUAAGAGAUGAGAAAGUUCCCUGUUUGUCUGUAAAAUCAGAAAUAAUGUUCCUCAAUGUUUGGAAACAAGCGAAGAAGAGAUUGUGAGCAGUAUGAUGUGGUCCUCUGUCUCAUCCCAGGAGUGGCAGAAACAACUGUAAAUAGUCAAAAACGCCUGGAAGAAUGAGUGUAAAUAUGUCAAUAGUUUCUGUUGUGUGUUUGUUCCAAUCCCAAUAUUUCUGCUCCUGAUAGCCAAGACUUGAGAGGAUGAUGUUCAGGUGAGAAAAGGCUUGGUCACUGUAGGUUUAUGUGGUACUGUUGGGAUUAAUUUCUGUUUUUGUUUUCUGGUUGACUUUGAUGGUUCUGAAUCUACUGUCACAUUCAUUUGACAUUAAAUUUUUGUUCCAUAAACUGAAGCUGAGGUUGUCCUGGAAAAAAAGGUGUGUAUGUGAAAGGAUCGAGUUGAUACAUAGAUUUUUACAAAAAAGCAUAAACAGGCGGACAAAAAAUAUCAAAAUAUAGCUGAGAGUUCUGAGGGUUAAUGUGACAAACACCUUAUAGGUGAACACAGACACACAGUAACUUAGAGACACACGUCUACAGAGAUCCAUGACUGAAACCUGCUCAGGCUGGACUCUCCUCCCUCCUCUUCUUCCUCUCAUAAGCGUUCGUGGUGUAGAUGCUGCUCAGGCUCUUUUUAACGAUUCAGAUCAUUCCGCUCUGCGAGGACUGACCUUUCCUGCUCCCAAACGGCUCUUAGAGACGAUCUUCAGAGCCGAGGAACUCAUGAGCGACAUGUGCUCUCCACCUCAGGGGAGAUAUCUCCUGCAGUCAGAGUGACGUGAUGUGGGCUUGACUUGUUUAAGUAAAAAGUAGUAUUGAUAGAUAACUAUUAACAGACAAACAGAGCUGAACACUUGAAUCAGCUUCAGUUUAGAACCAGAGUGUUGAAGUCUGAGUCCAAAGAGACUUAAACGUCUCCUCUUUUUCCUCUCAUGAAGAAAAAUCUAUUUUUGUUCUUCUUUGAUCGACAGUUUCUAAAUAAACAGACUGUUUUCUUUGAUUUCACUGUCGUCCUCCGAUUCAGGACUUCACACACACCCACACACACACACACACACACACACACACACACACACACACACCAGACAGCAGCCAGUGAAGUAAAGGCCUGAUCAUUGAGAGAAAUCCAGGAUUCAGUGGCCCUGAUCCGUGGUCUCUGAGUCACUCUCCCUUUUCCUCCUUCAGAAAUACAGACACGUGGACAACAUCAUGUUCGAGAACCACACCAUCGCAGACCGCUUCCUGGACUUCUGGAGGAAGACGGGCAGUCAGAGGAUGGGGUACUUGUACGGACGGUACACUGAGCACAAAGACAUCCCUCUGGGCAUCAGAGCGGAGGUGGCUGCCAUCUACGAGCCCCCACAGGUGAGGGUCGGACCCCUGCUGUCUAACAUCACUUCCUGCUGUCAGUGAAUUCAGACUUUUCAUCGUGUCUCUGCUGUGAUUCUUCAGAACGCCACUCAGAACAGCCUGGAGCUGGUGGACGAUCCCAAAGCUGCAGCUGUGGACGAGAUCGCUGCCAAACUGGGUUUGCGCAAGGUUGGUAUUUUUGUGUCAUCACUUCCUGGUUUUAGCUCCGGUUGACCUUUUCACUUUGGCGGGAUUAAACCUUUUUUUUCUGCUUUUUUUUUGAUUCACCUCAAACUUCUCAGGAUAAAUAACUCAUCCUAAAGUCUCGAAAACUGCCAGGAGAAAAAUUGUUGUAGAUUUGAACACCUGUUUAUUUCAGGCGGUUUAACAGACCUCUUCUUUUAUUGUUCCUCAGGUGGGCUGGAUCUUCACAGACCUUCUCUCCGAGGACACGAGGAUAGGAACCGUCCGCUUCACGAGAAACCACGUGAGGAUUCUGCUCAUUUAAAGAAAAAAGUCCAAACUCAUAAAAGUCAAACUCUUUAAAAUGUUUUCAUGACCUUCUUGACCUCCUCCAGGACUCUCACUAUCUGAGCGCGGAGGAGUGCAUCACAGCGGGAUACUUCCAGAACCAUCACUCGAACUCCUGCAGACUCUCUCGAGACGGCUCCUUCGGCUCCAAGUUUGUGACGGUGGUGGCGACAGGUUUGUGUUCGUCUCUGUGGGCUAAAGAUAAGAACCGACUUUAAUGUGAGAGUUUAACUUUAGUCUGGACUUGAUCGGCUCCUGGAGGAAAGAGAGGAGUUUGGAGGGUCGGUAUGAAGUGAUUGGACUGAAGACACACGUGGGUCAGGGUUCGUUUACCUGUGUGCACUUCCGUUUUCAUAGAUCACAGACUUUGCGUUGAAAGUUGAAGGUCCUGUUUAGAUCAUUCAUGAGGCCCCUGAUCUGAGGAUGUGGCGCUCAGUCUAACCCCCAAUUUCCACCGCAGCCGGAUCAGCUACGAGAAGGUUGUAUCCGCCGAUUGUAGCUGAUCGUAACCAUUCAAGUUAACGUGUCAAUUUACACCGACUUCUCUCCGUUCCUCUGCGGAUCGCCGGACUCCUCAGCUGAUCGCAAGAGUUCUAUUUUUUCUGGACGCCGGAGCAUGGCGGAUAAAUUCAGCACAGAUUAACCCGUGCUGGAAAGGAAAUCGGGCACAGACACAAAAUAAAACAUCCGGCUUCUUUUCAAAAUAAAACACUCCGGCGGAGACGAACAAGUGAAAGGUUUUUAGACGUCAUUUCACCCCGAUGACACCAUGGAUGAGGAGAUCUGUAGAUAUCUCAGGUCUCCCUCCUCUCUGUUGUUGUUUAGUUGUCAGUGGGGCCCCCUGUACCCCGUCCCCCUUGACCCCCGUUUGUGUAUUUGUUCCAGAAGAAAUCCGCUCUGACCUCAUCCUUGUCGUUUGCAUUAACGAGGCAGCGGCGGCCAAGGGUGAUGUCAUGGCAACACAUGUAGCGCCAAGAGUCCAGAGUCCAUCUGUUUCACUUUUGUAGAAACGGAGCCGAUCUGUAAAUGAGUUCCAUCUGUACCGAGGCUCCGAGCGCCCGCACUGACAUAAUAGUGAUGUAAUAAGACGACGACGGCGGUCAGGGCAGCUGAUGAGGUCAGGCUAAAAGCUUUGUUUGUGUGUGUGUGUGUGUGUGUGUGUGUGUGUGUGUGUGUGUGCGUGUGCAGGAGGUCCAGAUAACCAGGUACACUUUGAGGGGUAUCAGGUGUCCAAUCAGUGCAUGGCGUUGGUGAGAGACGAGUGCCUACUGCCCUGCAAAGACGCUCCCGAGCUGGGCUACGCCAAAGAGUCCAGCCCUGAGCAGUACGUCCCCGACGUCUUCUACAAGGUGAGAGUCGGGACAUGGACUGAGGACUCGUGUUUUUUUCCUCCUCAGUGUUUUUAUUUAAAGUCUUCUACGAUUGAUGCAUUUAUCUCUUUGUUUCCUUCUUCUCGUCUAAAAGGAUAAAGACAAAUUUGGAAAUGACGUCACGUUUUUAGCUCGGCCUCUCCCUGUGGAGUACCUCAUCAUAGAUGUGAGUCGAUCCUCUCUCUUUUUUAACCUCUUUCUCCUCUUUUAUGAUAUUUACAGCCGUAUCUUCUCUCCUCCCUCAGAUAACCACCACUUUCCCUAAAGACCCUCAGUACACCUUCUCUUCCACACAACGCUUCCCCAUCGAGAACCGGGAGAUCCUCGGAGAGACACAAGUCAGUCGAUUCUGGAUCAGGGUCCUGGUUUUCUGAACCCCCCACCUUGGAUUUGAUCAUCAUGAUGUUUGUGUUUGUUCGUCUCUGCAGGAUUUCCACAGUUUAGCCACGUACCUGUCCCAGUGCUCCUCCACGACGUUCCUGGACAUCGUGUCGGACUUCCAUCUGCUCCUCUUCCUCGUCACCAAUGAAGUCAUGCCUCUCAGAGUGAGUCAGUCGUUUUCUAUAGGACCGUGUUUAUGUAGGAGGGUGGAGAUCGGACCGUCUGGAGGUGGUUACCGCUGCGAGGAUGUUUUCACUCACAGCUGGACUCUUUUCAAACCCGUGGUCCUGAUCAAAGCUCGUCUUAUGGACUACAAAUGUUUGUCUGAUAAUAACGAGCUGCUCCACUGGAUCAGGAUCAGGAUCAGACGGGGUUGUUAUUUAAAAUCAGAUCCAGACUUGAGAACAGCAGGAUGGAGUUAUGUUGGUGUUUCUGAAUUUGUUUUUGUAUCGUUGAGUUUGUUUUUUCUUCUUCCAGGACAGCAUCGGGCUGCUUUUAGACGCUGUGAGAACUUCCAACGAGGACCUGGCUCAGACCUGGAAGAAGUCGGAGCAGUGGGCCACCAUCGAGCAGCUCUGCAGUGAGUCUCAGCCUGAUCCUGGUUCAGGUUUUGUGGGUCUCUCAGAGUUCAUCAAAGUCCACAAUGUGCAGUUUUUGUGCAGCUGUGAAGCUCUUUCCAAAUCCACCUGUAUUCAAGGAAAAAAACAGAUGUGAAGGUUUUUACUGUCAUAGAAGUGAAGCAGGCUUCUUCUUCUUCUACUACUUCUUCUUCUCCAUCCUCUACUCUUUUUUUCUGCACAUUUUACUUCCUCUCCUUCUUUUUUUUCCCUUCUUCUACUUCCUUCUCUUCUCCUUCAUCUUUUACUUCUUCUCCUUCUUCUACUACUUCUUCUACUUGUCCUCAAUAUUAUUCUUUUUUCUUUUCCUUCUUCUACUUCUUUUCCUUCUUCUUCUACUUGUCCUCCUUAUUGGCCUUCUUUUCUUUUGCUUCUUCUUCUUCUACUUCUUUUUCUCUUCCAUCUUCUUCUUCUACUUCUCCUUUUCUCCUACUUCUACCCCUUCUUCGUCUACUUGUCCUCAUUAUUCUCCUUUUUCUUCUCUUUUUCUUCCACUUCCUUUUCUUCUUCCUCUUCUUUUUUCUUCUACUUCUCUUCUCCCCCUCCUACUUCUUCUACUUCCUCUACUUCUUGUUCUUUUUUUCUUCUUCUGCAUCUUAAAGAAACUUUCUUCGUUUUAACCCGUUUUUUUUUUAAAGAUUUUUUAUCGUAGUUGUUUUCUUCCUUCUCCUCUAACCUCUCCCUCUCCCCCUCUCUCUCUCUCUCUCUCUGUCUCUCUCUCUCUCUCUCUCUCUCUCUCUCCUGCUCACCCGUCUCCCCGCAGGUACAGUCGGCGGUCAGCCCUCCAGCUCUCUGGGUUACGGCGCCAUGGGCGGCCCGUCGGCUCCCGCCUCCUCCUCAGCCAUGUGGUCGUGCCUCCACUGCACCUUCAUGAACCAGCCUGGCACAGAGCACUGUGAGAUGUGCAGCCUGCCCCGCAGUUAAACCCCCGCCCUCGCCUUCGCCCUCCGCCCCGCCUCCACGCCCUAAUCUGAUCCCUCCCCUCACCACGCUGAUGACAUCACUGCGCCUGGACCAGCUGCGAGACGUGGACGCCCUCGUUUGUUUUCCUCCGCAUCGCUCUGAAGCCUCGGUUCUCCCCAUCUCGCCCUCGGCGGCGGCGGCGGCUGUGAGGCGUUUAAGGGAUGCACUCGUUUACAUCGGAUUCGAAGAGUAAAUGAAAACCCGACUGUCUCUCCUGUCUGUUCGCACCCUUCCUCACAGUGGCUUUCAGAAGGGGCGGGGUUCGUUAAAGGUGAAGCACUUUUGGCUGAGGCUCCUCCCCUUCCUCCCUCCAAUAAUCACACCCCCUCCUCCUCCUCCUCCUCCUCCUUCUUGAAUAAAUCCUGCUGUGACUCAGGACGACAGCAAAAGACUCAAAGUGUUUGGAUGUUUUCUCACAUCAGUGCCCCUCGCUCGCUCGCUCGCCCGCUCACUCUCACUACGUCUUCUGGAAAAUCUUGCUGUGUAUAAAUAUGUUUGAGGAAUGACACUGUUAUUUAAUUCAGCUUCUUCUUUUUUUUAUUAUUUGGAUCGGAUUGUAGCGAAAAAAACCUUCGAGUUUGACUCUUCAGCGUGGUUUCUACUCUGUCAGGUGUUCGUAGGUCUCUUUGACAAGCCCCGCCCCCCUCUAAACGUACAAUCAUCGGUCAAAGCUCCGACCUCUCCAGAGUGACUCCGCUCCAGUUUCUGUUUGCAGUAUUAAGUUACUUUAAAGAUCGGCCGCGGUUCGAGAAGGUGAUGGACCGACCUGAAGCGGUUCUUCUGGUUUGUUGGAGUUUGUAGCUUCAGGAUUCGUCGGUCUGAACUCGAGCAGGCCUAAUAUGUAGCUUAUGAUAACAGCGAUAAGCUCCGUUUCCUCGGCAUCAUCAUUGUUAUUGACUCGCACUUUAUCCACCACCAACAGGUGCUUCAAGAAACAAGUGGUGCUUCACACUGCCCUCCUCUAUCUCUCUCUCUCUUUUUCUUUUGUUUUAUCUUGAAAUCAAACCAGAGGAGUCGGACCAGAACAGAUGUUCCUGUAAGAUCAUUCAGCCUCGAGGUCGUUUGAGGGUCUGAAAACACCUCACAUCUCUCUUGUCGUAUCUAAUCUUUGCUCUGGUUGUCUUGGAAAAACAUCUUGGUUCUGGGUUUGCAGAUCUGCACCUUUGCAGAGUGAGAGCGUCUAAAAACCAUCUAAAAAGCACUUAAAUCCCCCUGAUGGCACAAAAAAAGUCAAAUAAUUAUCGACUGCUCUGGAUCGGAUCUAAAAGCACUUUUUUUAAUGCAGAAAAUCAAGUAAAAACAUGAAACUUAAAGGUGUAUUUGAGUGGAAUAACCCUUUAAUACUCAGUCAGCAGAGGGCGUACUGCGCUGCUCCUCGCUCUUUUUAAUUUCCUUUCAUUCGACUCACACUGGGACCAAAACUUGAGGCAUUUUCAGUCAUAAACUCUCGCAGUCAGACAUCAUCGGCGUUUUAAUGUCUUACUUUGAGACGCCGCUCAUUAAACGUUCUAAACAAAAACCCAGUCUGGGUGUUCGGAUCCGAGCGCCGCAGAGGUCUCCAGUCUGUGUGGCGUUUCCUACCAUCACCUGUCGACCAGAUGCACGAACCCAAUCUCUCAAAAAUGAUGUGGAAAGCAGCGAGACGUCUGAUGGAUGUGAUCAGGGUGGAUUUUCACGGCUUUAAUGCACAUGUAGUUUUCUCUUCUGAGCUGCAGCUGAGUUUGAGAAGACGAUCAUUAGUCCGAAAAGAUGAAACAAGAACUCGUUUCCCAUCCUGACAUGUUUUCUGGUUUCACCUCUUUUUUAAUCCUCGCCCUCGUGUUGUCCAGAGCCGCCCUCGUGUCUUACCUUCUGUUUUCCUGGUCAUGUUUCACACUUUUACAGACACAGAUCCGACUUUCAGGAGGGAAACCGUUUGGGGGGGAAAAGAGCCUCUUCAGUUCAGAUUUACCACCUGAGAGACUUUGUCAGAGUUAGACAGUAAUUCCACUGAAGAAGUGAGAGGAUGUUCGUAGUUUUAGUUUGAAAAUGCUUGAAAAAAAAAAGAGUUUUUGUUUGUUUUGUUGUUUUUUUUGCUGGUUGAUAUCAUUCUUGCCCCCCGUGUGAAUUUUCCAGAGCGAUUUAUCUGAUGUCAUGCUAACAGACGGCAGUGACCUUUUCCUUUUUUUAUUGAUCCGGGGGCCGUUUGCUGAGCAAGCAUGCUCUUGGAGAUCCAGCAGGUCCUCACUUUCCUCUGAGCUAACUGAGGAGCCUGGGAGAUGUUGAUGCUGUUGACCUGGAUUUGAAACAAAAUAAAAAAAACACAAAAACAACUAAGAGUUCCUUUUGCUGAUGUGGAUUUGUUUGGUUUGUCUUCUGUGUAUUAAUCAUAGACAUACUAAGGACGACUUGGCUCCGCCUUCCGCCAAUAUAUGGAUUUGAAGCCGAAAAGUUCUCGGUAAUUCCACGUUUUUUUCUCCACUUCCUGAAACCAACAUUCCGCAGUAGCAUUGUACGAAUUUGGUGGGAGAGUUGCCGAGAUGACCCUCGGCUCAAACAGCGUAUCCAUCAGGAAAAUCCUACAGACCUGGUUGUAAUCGUGCAGGAUGAUCAGUAUUAGACUGAAGAACACUUUUUCACAUGACUUUUUUUUACAAUUUCAAUUUGAGUUUGAAAUGAGUCAAAGUUAAAAAGAUGGUUGGUGGCUAAAACUAUGGUUGGGACCAACCUCAACUUUAGUAACGACCGCAGGAAAGCAAUACACAGCAGUUUGAGGAGCCAUAAACAAACCUCAACCAAAACGCCUUGACCUUGACCAGUCUGUUUCGGACUACAGCGGGGUGCCGCAGCUCAAGGAAGAACAUUUAUAAUCAUUUCUUUAUCAUUUUCUUGAAGUAAUAAUCACCAUAUUAAUCAUUUUACAGACGCGGUAGUUCUUCUGCCUUAGCAUCUCGGUCUGAUUGUAUUUCCAUGAAGAAAUGAUCAUAAAUGUUCUUCCUUGAGCUGCGGCACCCCGCUGUAGUCCGUGAUUGACUUGUCCGAGCAUUAUUUGUGGCAGAGCGCGUGGCUCUCUGUAUUUCUAUCCUGCGGUCGUUACUAAAGUUGGUAUAACUAGAGAAGCAAGCGGUCGGCAACAUUCAUCUCUGGAGGGGGGGUCUAACUCAGUGUGUUUGAUCCGAAAUUAAUUUUACGUUGGAUCCCUUUAGCUGUUCGACCAAACAGACAGCACUCUCGUCGUAACCUGACCAUUGAAUGACACCAUCGAACCUUAAUCAACUAACCCAGGGACGACUUUCUUUAAAAAUUAAGACUUGUGCUGCGAUCGAAGACUCUGAAACUUCUCGUGGAAAUAUUUGAGUUUGCUCACAACAGAUCUGAAAAUAACAAAGAUGGCCGUCUUAUUCUAACCUGUGAGGCAGCAGAGGAAACACGACACUGUCAUGAAAUAUUGAAAGGAUUUCUUAAAGGGGAAUUCGUUUGUCAUGAUUGAUAUUCAGUCUCACUUGAUUUUCGAUGAAGCCGACAGCCCUAACCUGGAUCAGAUUUAUGUGGACCAGUUUCUCUUCAUAAAAACCAGGACUAAAGUGCGGACGCUGAAAUGUGGGUCAUCCUUUCCCAGAUGAAACCUUUGACCCAGUCGAACCUGGAGCCUUAAAUUCCCCCUGAUUCUCCUCCUCCUCUCUGUAGGAUACGUGUAGAUUUACUCUCUGUCAGUGUAAGAGUCUCCACCAUAAUCGACCUUUUAACACCUGAUCAGAGCAGGUAGAGUCCGGGGUCGCUGAUCCCCGUGUCUUCAGGGCUGCAGAUGUAAAACAGAUGUAGAUCAGGAAUGUGUAAGUUAGACGUGACCUUCAAACUUCAAACGUGUCUGCUGAGCGUCUCCGAGGACAGGGUCUAAACUUCCUCGCUCUGAUUCUCUCUCCUCUGGCGUGCUCGCCGUCAUUAAAACUGUCAGCUGGACUUUAAGGAGGAGAUUUUCUCAUUAAUUUGAUCCUUUUUCAAACCUCGAGUUAAGAGGGACCUCCUAAUAGGAACCAGUGAGCCGGGUCAGUCUGGACUUUGAAGUGACAUCCUGAUUUAUGAUCCAGACCGAGUGAGUCAGAGAGAGAGACAGAGAGAGAGCGAGAGAGAGAGAGAGAGAGAGAGAGAGAGAGAGAGAGAGAGAGAGAGACAGAGACAGAGACAGAGACAGAGACAGAGACUCAGAUGGGAGGGGAGACCCGGACCCUCCUUCAUCUGCGGAUCAUAAACUGAAGGAGAAGGUUUUCGUUCGGUCCCCUCUGGAUGCUGGACUGUGGACCAUCACUGCAGGUUUGUGUCGCACAGUUCUGUCCUUCAGGUCUCUGCAGAGUUUGGACUCGGACCUCAGCGGUGAAACUUUGUUUCUGUCUCCUGUCGCAGGUCUGAGGAUGAAUCCUGCUGGAGUUUUCUUCUUCUUCUCUGUGACUCUGUGUGCGGCUCAGAAAGACCGAAUCCUGCUGAAACCGGAGUGGGACUUCAGGAACGAAGGUAGGCAGAGAAGAACCCGAGCUGGUGAACUUUCCUUCACUAAAACUUCAGAAGAAACUUUUUAGUCUCAUUUCAGGUUUCUUAAGAUCUGCAGAUCCGAAUCAGAAUCAGUCUGGUCUUUAAACUGAAAUAUUAAACAUGAUCAUUUUAGACUUGAGCUUCUUUGGAGACGUUUGAAGAACGAGAGAGAUGUCUCUAAAAUUCACCGUCUGAUGAAGUUAUUAAAGAUCAGUCAUUUGUAAACUCUUCGUUCGUUUUAAUUUAUUUUAGUUUAUCUCUGUUUUGUAAAUAAAAGAAAAAAGAUUAUUACAAAAAUUAUAAUUUUUUACACGAUAGAGAAAAAAAUGAUCAUGAUGGUUAAACUCUUGAUAUUUUAGGAGCUCAUAUUUCUUUAAUCAGGAGUCAUUUUUUUAUUAAUUAUUCAGUUUUUACUAAAAAAUAAACCAGUUAGUGUUUUAAACUCGCCCAGAUCUACAGUUUGAAUCAUCUAUAAUCAUCUGAGAAUCUAGAUUUGUUCAUUUCAAAUACACAUCAUUUCUUGUCUUAAAUAUUCAUUUAUCAUUACAGACUCAUUAUGAUUCAGUUAAACUGUUUUUAAGGAUAUAUUAACCUUUAAAAAUAUGAAUCUAAAUAUAGGUCUUACACAAAGUAUUCAUGAAAUGUAAAAUUAAGUUUACGAUGCUCAGAAACUCUUCAGACAAACUUCUUGAAUGUUUUCAUUUUCAUACCAAAAGACAGAUCUCUUAUAAUUCGUGUUCAUUUCUUCAGUCAUAAUUUUCUCAGUUGUUGUCUUUGUAGAUGAAAAGUCUCUGAUCCUGUAAACUCUGAGUUCUCAUGAUGUGAGUUAUUUUUAGGAAAAGUUAAAAUGAUCCUGUUAUUAUCUAAAACUCCAGAAACUUUCACUCUUAAAUUUCAGUUUCAACCCAACCCCCUGAACGUUGAAACACAGAAAAAUCUCAGCUGUCUUUUUAUCGUCCUGUCGUGGCUUCGACUGAAAAAUUCUGCUGAAAGAGAGACCGAUACGCUUUUUACUGUGACGCGUUCAAGUCCAUAAAUGCAGCUCAGUAGAAACAGAACAAAAAUGGUCUGUUACAAAACAAAACUUAAUAUUAGAUAUCCUCUGUAAUGAAGUAUGAAAUAAUCUGAAUAUUUACAGACAUUCAGAAAACCUGUUAUGUGAGAAGACCGUCUUUUCUACACAAAGACAUUAUCAUUAAAAAUUUCACAGUUAAGUUCAAAUAUCAGUUUUCAUUUCUCCCCUCUUCUGUUGUAUUUUUCCUUUUCUAACCCUCUACCUCUUGUAAACAUGUCAAAAGACUUCCUUUAAGACUCCUAAAACACAUCUAUCAUGUUUUGGAUCUACGUUCAAGUUCAAAUCCAGUCAUUUGAGUUUAGACUGUGUCAGUAUAACAGCCCCGGUAAAGUCAUGUUUGGUUUUGAUAAACAGUUGUUCUCUGUGUCUCGUGUUUCUGCAGCAGAGAGAGUGAACAACAGAGGAUGUGCGAACCUCACGCUUGUUUUAGACAACUGGAAAUACGCCAUCACCACUCAGGUCAAAGAUCUGCUGCUGCACGACCACAACACUGUGCUGCCGGACUACGGGAGGUGAGGCUCAGUUCAUCUUCACUUCUUACUACAAAUAAAAUCAUUAAAAGUUAAUUUAAUAUCUGAUUAUGAGUCUCUGAUUUCUCUGUGACUCGUCCUGCAGGAUCCAGCCGCUGUCAGACGCUCUGGGAGAUCUCUACAGCGAGUUCAACACCCUGAAGGAGCGUCUCUCUGAGCUCACCUCAAAGUUUGACCGGGUGGAGUCGUUCGUGGACGAGGUGAGAUCAGGGAGGAAGCCUGCAGCACCCAGAGGUGAACCCAGACCCCCGGGGUCUCUGUCAGGAAAGACGGAGGCCGCUGGGACUGAUGAAGGUCAGCCUCAGAGGAGGAGGAGGACCAGGGUGGUGGUCCGGAGAGUCAAGAUACCUUUAGGUUCGCAGGUCUAA